UACUUAUGAACCUCUCUUUAGGAAGAAAAUAUUUCAUUGAAGGAUCCAAUGCCACCAUAACCUGUAAAGCUUCUGGGAAACCACCACCAUAUGUAUCGUGGAUUAGAAAUGGAGUACUGGAAAGUUCAGGGAAGAAAGCUGCAUCUUUGGAGUUCAAUAAUAUAAACAGAACAGAUGCAGGACAAUAUACAUGUCAAGCCAAUAACUCAAUGGAAGUCACUUCCGUUAACACAACAAUUGUAGUUCACUACAAACCUGAAGGUGCAAGGCUCACUACCAAUGCUCCACAAAAUACCGUCAUUAAAGGAGAUACAGUUACAUUCAAGUGUACAGUUAUGGCUGCUGUGCCACAAGUGUCAAUUUACAAGUUCUACUUCAAUGGCUACCUCUUCAGUAAUAACAGCAACAGUGAGUAUACUCUCAAUAACGUCAACCGAUCUCAGCACCAUGGCGAGUACAAAUGUGUCCCACAUAAUGCUGUUGGAGAUGGAGUAGAAGCCACUGUGAGACUUAACAUAAAUGUUCCUGUCCAGUUCACAGAAGUGCCACAGAAUAUAACAGUUAAAACUUCAGCUCCUCUGUUUUUGAGCUGUGAUGCCUCUGGUUUUCCUGACCCUAAGAUAAGAUGGGAAAAAUCUGGGAUUAAGUUAUCAGACACCAAACAGCUGAACAUCUCUAGUAGUAACAGGAACGAUGCAGGAGAAUAUGUCUGCAUCGCAAGCAAUGGAGUGAGACAGGAAAAGACAGUAAGAGCUUAUGUCACUGUGCAAUACCCGUCCACAAUUCAAAAUGUCACCACGUCAUCUAAGAAGUCUUGGAUUGGCCAGACAGUAACUUUGAAGUGUCUUUCUGAUGGUGUUCCUACACCAACACUCUCUUGGUACAAACCUAAAGGAAGUGGAAUAAACAGAGUCACAGCCAGAGAAAACGAAGUACAAGUGCCACUCAGGGGUGAUCAAGAUUUUGGUCAUUACAAGUGCAUUGCUGCCAAUGGACUUCCUCCAUCUGAUGAGAAAUUAAUAAAGAUAAAUCAGAUAAAGAAACCAGGGAAAGCAUCCAUCAAAUCAGAAUCAGUCAUUCAAGCAACUUCUAUAACAAUACAAUGGACUGCACCAGCUGAUGAUGGAGGAAGUCCGAUUACAGGAUUCCAAAUGAUCUUACAAAAGGAUGGAACUGAGAUAAAAAAGGUUAAUAUCACCGAUCCUGGGACGACAAGUUAUUCGUUUCCUGGUUUGGAGAAAAAUACCAACUACACAGUGAAACUGUUUUCCAGAAAUUUUGUAUUCGAGGGAGAUCCUACUGUAUGGAACAUUAAGACCAAGUUUGAAGGAGCCCCAGAUGUGGUCGAAAUAGACGAACUGCCAGAUGAAACAACAGACGAUACAAUUACCCUAAAGUGGAAGGAGCCAGAAAGUAAUGGAAAAGUUAUUACCAUGUAUACAGUGUACCAAAGAGUAGUGACUGAUGGGAAAGUGGGACAGUGGACAGAAAUAAGGAAAAUCAGAGAUGUUUCUGUGAGAGAAUUGAAAAUAGCGUUGGAGAGAGGAAAGGUGUAUCAGUUUGCCAUUACUGCAACUAAUGAGCUUGGUGAAAGCCUGAAACAAGAGAGAGAAAACAUCCAGCAAGUCAAGGCAGAAGGAAUCGUAUUUUGUUUUUCCCCAAUUCAAACAGUAAGCUCAGAAGUUUACCUGACAGCGACAAUACAGGAGAACUGUAGCAGACGUUCAGAAGUUGCUGCGAAAUUUCCAGAAAUGGCUUGUCAAAUUGCCUUUAGGUUUGGCUGCUCCUCCGCCAACACUGUGAACACCAGGUGUGGCAGUGUUGUUCUUGACUUCAUGAUGAGGUUCAAUCAAAGUGUAGUCGUCAGCAAUGUUUUGAUUCUCCUGUCGGAUGCUGCAAGGCAAGACAAAUUCGGAGGUUUUAAAGUCAAUCCAGACUCAAUUAAACAAGUUUUAAUACCCACAGAUGGCUCGGAAAGCACAACAGAAGGUCCUGAAGAAUGCAACUGCCCAUCUAACAACGUCUUGUUGGCCAUAAUUGGGGUUCUUGCCUUCACAAUCCUUCUUCUAAUUAUUUACAUAAUCUGGCUACAUAAGAAAGGCGCUGUAGGGAAACAGAGGACUUAUGAAGAUGAAAGAGGUGUUUGCUACAAUGAAACAGGAUUAGAAGAUAUCGAACCAAGUCUACCCGAUUCAAGAAAACUCACUCAGCCUCCUGCUGAAUACAUGGAUCUCAUAGAAGUCAACAAAGAUAAUAGAAAAGCACAAAGAACAGCUCCAGGUGCUGAUUACGCGCCUCUUCAUCCGUUAACACGCUGCUGGGAAGUUCCAAGACAUCACGUGACCAUAGAAAAAAUAAUUGGUAAAGGCGCUUUUGGUCAAGUUGCCAAGGGAACAGCAGUAGGACUUCCAGGGAGUCCUGAGACGACCACAGUGGCUAUUAAGAUGCUUAAAACAAACGCUACUGAAUCGGACAAGAGAGAUUUGAUGAAGGAACUUGACACAAUGAAGCAGCUGAAACCACAUCCUUACGUCAUUAAACUUCUGGGAUGUGUUACUGAAUCUGAACAGCUGUUGGUUUUGAUUGAAUAUGUGCCUUUUGGGGAUCUGCUGGGUUACCUGAGAAAGAGCCGUGGAUUAAAAGACACUUACUACAAAGACCCGGAUAUCAAACCACAAACAAAUCUGACGUCGCAGCAGCUGAUGAGGUUUUCUUGGCAAAUUGCUGAUGGAAUGAGUUACUUGUCCGCAAAAUCUAUCAUUCACCGAGACCUUGCGGCCCGUAAUGUGUUGGUUGGACAAAAGGAAAUGUGUAAAGUGACAGACUUUGGAAUGGCCAGAGAUGUGCAGCAGGAAAAUAUUUAUGAACGAAAGACUAAGGGCCGUCUUCCCGUGAAGUGGACAGCUUAUGAGGCCUUAUUGUAUGGUAAAUAUACCACCAAAAGUGAUGUAUGGAGUUAUGGAGUUUUGUUGUACGAGAUUUUCACCAUAGGCGGUUCACCUUACCCACGAAUGGAUGGAAGAAAAAUUGCAAACUUACUUCAGGAUGGAUACAGGAUGCCUAAACCACAACACGUCGAUGAAAAAUUGUAUCAAAUCAUGAUGAAAUGCUGGAAGAAUGACCCAGAUGCAAGACCAACUUUUACUAAAUUGAAAAUUCAGCUUAAGGACAUGGAAACCCUACACAAGAAGCUGAUCAACAUGACAAUGUACGACAAGCAGUUGUAUGCAAACGUCGAGGAUUUAAUAGUGUAG